AUGUCACAAGGCCUGACCAGUAGUACGGCUGUAACCAGCAUGUCACAAGGCCUGACAAGUAGUACGGCUGUAACCAGCAUGUCACAAGGCCUGACCAGUAGUACGACUGGAACCAAAAUCUCACAAGGCCUGACCAGUAGUACGGCUGGAACCAAAAUCUCACAAGGCCUGACCAGUAGUACGGCUGGAACCAAAAUCUCACAAGGCCUGACCAGUAGUACGGCUGGAACCAAAAUCUCACAAGGCCUGACCAGUAGUACGGCUGGAACCAGAAUCUCACAAGGCCUGACCAGUAGUACGGCUGGAACCAGAAUCUCACAAGGCCUGACCAGUAGUACGGCUGGAACCAGUAUGUCACAAGGCCUGACUAGUAAUACGACUGGAACCUCAAAAGGCCUACAUACAUCUCAAACAUCACAACGCAUGUCUGAUCGGACUACUGAGGUCAAAUCUGAAGCUACAACAACCAAAGGAAGCCCAACUCCAAGAGUGACGCGCUCUGAUGCUACUCCGUCAGGGAAUGGCUCUGACCCGACACCGCCGCCAUUGGUGAAGAUCCACAUCAGCAAGGACAAGGUUUUACCUGCGGCGUUCUCUCACAGCCUGGUGGUGACCUUCAUCGUGGUCUACAUCUUCAUCAUCUUCCUGGCGUUCUUCGGCAACCUGCUCGUCAUAUUCGUGAUCACCUGGGCCCGCAUGGUGCGUUCCUUCACCGACCUGUUCAUCGUUUCCCUGGCCGUCAGCGACAUCCUCAUCUCCACCAUCAACAUGCCCAUCCAGCUCAACCUGAUCGUCAUCAACGAGUGGAGCAUGGGCGACUUCUUCUGCAAGUUCACUCAUUACCUGCAGGCAGUCACCAUCGUCGCCAACAUUCUCACUCUGACAGUCAUUGCUAUUGAUAGGUACCUAGUAAUCUGUCACUCGGAAGUUUCCAGAAAGGUCCGCACAAAGCGAUUCGCGAUCCUUGCUCUGGUUAUCGUUUGGUUUGUUUCUUUGUGUGUCGUCUCCCCACAGCUGAUUGUGCAGCGAAUCGAACCACGGAUAAAAAUAGAUUUUAACAACUUCGACAUCCUUGGCAUCAGUCACGUGUGCGUGGAAAACUUUCCAAAACCAGAAAAAUACGACCGGAAAAUCUUCUCUCUGACUAUAUUUGUUGGCGUCUAUCUUGUUCCGGUCUUUGUUAUGGCUUUCACGUAUGGCGCGAUUGCGCAUCGUCUGUGGGUUCAACAGCCAAUCGGAGACAUCCUAGCAAAUCCACGCAACCACGCGCGAAGCAUCAAGCAGAAACGGAAGGUGAUUAAAAUGCUGAUUCUGCUCGUGGUGGCCUUCACCGUGCUUUGGUUUCCCUUCUUCACGGCCUCGCUGUACCAAGAGUUUGUCAAAACCGAUUCGACUUUCCGAAUCACGCUGGUUAUCUUGCAGCUGGUUGGCUACAGCAACUGUUGCUUUAACCCUAUCAUCUACACGUUUCUCAACAAGAAGUUCCAGGUGGAGUUCAAGAGGAUAUUUUGUGUUCGCUGGAGGAGAAUCGUCACCUCCAUUCAGAUCAUUGAACGCAGAUCCCACUCCAACCCGCAGUCGGGUCACUCUAAUCCACAUUCCGUCCACUCCAACCCGCACUCCAUCAACUCCAAUCCCCACUCUAUGAACUCCAAUCCACACUCCAUUCACUCCAAUCCGCAUUCCUCUUCCCACAAUGACGUCAUUGUUCAGGGCUUGAACAAGACAGAUGCCUGCUCGCAUAUAUGA